AGCCAUUCCAACCUUCGUUCGUUUUUUUUUCUGACGAGAGCCAUGGACCUGUCCACCGUGGCCUUCCCGGUGAACACACCCAAGUUCUGGGGCAAUGAGCAGGAGUUGGUCUCCAAGUGCAUAGAGACGGGCUGGAUCUCUUCGGAAGGUCCAGCGGUGAAGGAGUUUGAAACCAAGCUGGCAGCGAGAUGCCAGAGGAAGCACGGCGUGGCCGUGGCCAACGGCACCGCCGCGCUGGACAUCGCCGUCAAGGCGCUGGGCCUUUCCACCGGCGACGAGGUGAUCCUUCCCAGCUUUUGCAUCAUCUCGUGCAUCAACCAGGUGGUCCGGGGAGGCUGCGUCCCCGUCCUAGUGGACUCUGAUGACUCCUUCAACAUGGACGUGUCGCAGGUUGCUGCCAAGAUCACACCCAAGACCAAGGCCAUCAUGUGCGUCCACACCUACCACUUCCCUGUCGACAUGGAGCCCAUCUUGGCCUUGGCCAAGGAGCACGGUUUGAAGAUCAUCGAGGACGCCGCCGAGAUGAUCGGCCAGACCUGCAUGGGCCGGCCCUGCGGAUCCUUUGGAGACAUCAGCACCAUGAGCUUCUACCCCAACAAGCACAUCACCACAGGAGAGGGCGGCAUGGUGCUGUGUGAUGACCCCGCCCUGGCGGAGAGGUGUCAACAGCUGCGGAACCUUUGCUUCGACCCCAAGAAGCGCCGCUUCGUGCACGAGGACCUGGGCUGGAACUACCGCAUGACCAACCUUCAGGCAGCGCUGGGGCUCGGGCAGCUCGAGCACCUGGAGGCGGCCGUCCAGCGAAAGCGGGAGAUCGGGCGCAAAUAUGGGGAGCUGCUGGCGGGCUGCCCCCACCUGGUGCUGCCACAGGACAAAAACAGCAAGGGCGAGUCCAACAUCUACUGGGUCUACGGGGUGGAGCUGCCGAGCUCUGCGCCUCUGGACGCGGAGGAGGUGAUGAAGCGCCUGGCGGCGGCGAAGGUCGGCACCAGGCCGUUCUUCUGGCCCAUGCACGAGCAGCCCGUCUUCCGGGAGAUGGGGCUCUUCAAAGGCCUCUCUUUUCCCGUGGCGGAGCGCAUCGCGCGGCGGGGCUUCUACAUCCCCAGUGGCCUCGCCCUCAAAGACGAGGAGCUGGUCGAGGUUGCCCGACGUGUUCGGAAGGUAAUGGAGGAGAUCGGCUCCGGCGGCUAUGCGGGGUAAGCAGCUCGCGCUGUGUCGAUGUUGAUGACUUGGAUGGGGAUAGGAGGAGCCCUGGACUGACUCCCAGUCUGCCGGCGCCGGUGCCCCGAUUACCUCGACCCGACGGUGCCCCGACUCCAUCCACACCAC